UUCUAUAUCUGCGACAAAUCUCCGAAAGAAUGCCCGCCAUGCCCGCCCAGCAAGCCAAUGCCUAUCCAACCCCCCCUGACAGUUUCCAACCCAUAGAGCCUGAGAGACCAUUCGACAUGCAUUAUUAUCUUACGGAAGGGCUAGAGGGUGUAGGACAUCAUGAAUAUCGUGUUAUUCAUUCGUUCAAAGGGGCGGUCAAUUCACGAGCUGACGCAUUGUGUUCGGGUGAAGUUGACGAAUACUUUCCCCUGUAGUACCUAAUUCUUUCCCCAGUAACACCACGCCAACUUGCGAAUAUCUACCAUGCUCGCAAAAACCGCUACAAAGGACUCCGCUUCCUCUACCUCAACGAACCGAAGAGAUUGAUUGUUAAAUAUAUGCCAGGUCUAGUGCACGAAAUAGUUAGCGAUGAGUUUGCUCAAACCAUCAGGAUCAAGAUGUAUUUGGGGGGCUAGAACGAGGAGAUUGCUAGUACACGGAGUACCACCUAUCAAGGCAAACUCAGUUCUAAAGAAGCGGAUGGGUCGUUCACACCUCUCCGAACUCGUCCCGACCACAUGGAUUGGCCCACGAUUAUCCUCGAGUGCGGCGUAUCUGAAAUGCCACGCCGCUUGAAAGCAGAUGCCCGCUGGUGGUUCGAAAACUCGGACGGCGCUGUUAUCCUUGUCCUCCUCUUUUUUGUAUCGGUGAGAGACAAAACUAUACGGAUUGAACUGUGGAAACGAGCCACGGUUGAAAAUCUACAACCAACUCGCGGUAACGAUGGAGGUGAAGUUACCGGACCAACUCUCCAAAGGGUAAUCAAUAUUACCCCAGAAUCAGUUACCGGUGCCCCUUUGAAGUUGAAGUUUGAAGAUAUCUUUUUACGCAAGCCUAAAACAAAGCGUGGAGAGGCAAAUUACACCAUCACCGAGCACGAUUUGAGAACCUAUUACAAUCAUGUCUGGCCCCCCGUACCCGAAGCCAGUUCUCAAGAUGAGUCCUGUAUGUCAACCCUAUUGCUAUCUCGCAUGAAUUGCGGCUAAAGCUAAUUCUAGCAGCCGCGGAAGCAGAGAGCAGAGCAAUCAGCGCGUCGGAGGGGUUUGUAGUGGACUGAUGUGUGGGGCAGGGAUAGGUUGGAGAGGGUGACAGUGGCGGUGAGUCCUUCGAUUACUUGUUGUGCUCUCAGGUUUCCAGAGUAGGGGUGGAUGAAAUGGCUAAACGAGUUGCUAGUUUGGUGGGCGAAUAUAAAUUAUCCUGAGAGCUCCUCAGCAGCAUCUGCUUGAGGAAUUUACCCCCCUAUCUAUUACACCGGAGGUUACCUCUACUGCGUCUGUACCUUGAACGGCUUUCUCGAAGAAAAAUACAGCACCCGGUGAGGAUGUGGCUCCUAAGAACUUUGAGAAUUGGGACUGCUAGUGCUGAAAAAGAAAUUAUGAGUCCUGUUUUCAAAGAGCGAGAGUGGAAGUUCAGCCCCUCUACUAAGGUUGAGGAAGAGGAGGGGGUGAUCCGCGACGAAAAGUCUUCAAGGUGUUGUUGCAAACCAUGUUUAUAUACUAUUACUGCAUUCUCGAGUGAGGCUCUGUGACUGCUCACGUCACCCUCUUGUUUGCCGGUCUACUUCUCUACAUUGCUUUCUCUUUUCCUCUCUUCUUUCUUACAAUCACCUCCUUUGUCUUGUACCGGUAGCAAUAAGAAUAAUCUUGUCUCUGUUCAUUUGUUCUAAUGGGUGUGGUUGGGUGAUGUGAUUGGGGAUGCUGGUGAAGACGCAUUACAGUCACUACUGGGAGCACGACGAAACUGGGCGGGUGACGAACAGGGAUCAGUAACAGGCAGAUUUCUGUUACCCUACUUUAACGAGUAAACUUUUUGCUGGCCAAAUACCCCUGUUCGUCACCCGCCCAGUUUCGUCAUGCCCCCAGUAGUGACUGUAGUAGCUGCCUGCAGCCUGGCUGGUCCGAGUGAGUGCCGGUGACCACCGUGAUUUGUGGUGAUAAGGGUUGUGGGGGCUUAGGCCGAGUUGCGUGCGAUCUUUGGGUUUUCUUGUAUGGAGGAGGGUUGCGCAGCCAGUUUGCUGGUGAGUUGUGGUUUUGCUGGAUGGGUAUCACACACCACACACCCCCACGUACCACACCGCCACGAACUAAGUAGAAACCUAUCUAUCCCAGGACACACAACUGAGGGUAUUUUUGAACACUGUC